GUGCUGUGUGAAAUAAUGGCGAAUUUUGCAAUAUUCGUUCUGGUGGGACUAGCCAUUGGUCUUGAGGUGACUGCAAAACGUCCGACCAAUCAUCGUGUUCCCUCUCUGAAUCCUACUCCUCCAUGGCGAUCCUCAACUGCAAAUUCCAGCGAGGAAGAUUUUUCGAAUAUUGGCAUUGUUGAGAGAGAAAUGAAUGCUGCUCCCAUACCAGUAAAACGGGCUCACAAGGGCCCUUCACAUCGGAACCUCAAACUGUUGAGAUAUCAUAAGGAAAACGAAAAUACAGCACAUGAUAUUGGAGCAGAAAGAGCUGCAACUGCUGCUGCAAAAGUUGCAAAAGAGAUCACAGCGCGAUUAUACAGAAAGCUAGGCAAAACCAAUGCGGACAAGGUCGGCGAGGCUGUUGCGAGGAUUCUAGCUGACGACGAAAAGCUAUCGGGAAAGCUCACUGAAACGGCUGCUCUAGCCGCUGCCAUCAAAAGAGAUGCACCAGUUACUGCACACAUCGAUGCAUAUAUUGCGGGCGAGCGACCGAUCUGCCCGCUUGCAUUGAUUUUGCAGUUAUUCCGGCAACAACUUCAAGAAAUCAGAGAUGAAAUAUUAGAAGCGAUACAGCAUUCGGUGGCAGCAUCAUCAGAAAAUAGAUUAUCCGAAAUUGGCACAUUAGAGCCAUCAGCGGACGAGAACACUGAACCGGAAGAGUUCGAACAAGGAGAAAAUCCUCUGGAUGAACUCAAGAAAAAUUCGAGCCCGGUUCACGAAAAAGAAGCGCGUGAAAUAGAAAAUGAUGGAAACAAUGGAAAAUCUGAGGAAGAUGAAGAAGAAGAGCCAGAGGAGGAGGAAAACGGAGAACGUGGAGUGAAAAAACGUGGGAGUCCCGUAAAUGCAGAGAACGAUGUUGAGAACCUGUCGUCUGAGCACGGAAUAUUUAGCAAUGUCGACAAAAACGUAAAUGAUCUGGCUCAUGUGAUGACAAGAAGCAACUUAUAUCCACCUGCUCCGAUCCACCAGUUACGUGGCCCAGACAAACGCCGUCUAUCACAAAGAAGUGGAAGAUUCAGGUCCAGGCAUACAUGAGCGACGCAUCAAUAUAGAGACUCAAAAUUAUUGAAUAUAAUUGAAAGAUAAUUGAAUAAAAAUUUAUGA